GUUUCUCCCUGAGUGCUUCUCUGGAUCUGAGCCUCUAGGUGCCAAGGAAGGGGAGUCCCUGGGCAGAGUGAUCCUUGGCUCAGACAGCUUAAUGGGAGAAUUCCAAAGGCUUUUCCUACCCUUCCCGAGCCUCUGGGCAAGGAGGGCGGGAUCUUGGUUCCAGGGUCUCAGUACCCCCUGUGCCAUUUGAGCUGCUUGCGCUCAUCAUCUCUAUUAAUAACCAUGCUCCCUCCCCCACUGCCAGUGCUGCCCCCACGCCUGCCUAGCUCGGGUUCUCUAGUCACAGCAGCUCAGUCUUCCAGAGCUGCUGGACCCCAGGGAGAGCUGACCACCGCCUGAGCAGCCGGCUCCAUCCACCUCCACAAUGCCGCUGUCAGGGACCCCAGCCCCCAAUAAGAAGAGGAAAUCCAGCAAGCUGAUCAUGGAACUCACUGGAGGUCGACAAGAGAGUUCAGGCCUGAACCUGGGCAAGAAGAUCAGUGUCCCAAGAGACGUGAUGUUGGAGGAGCUUUCGCUGCUCACUAACCGGGGCUCCAAGAUGUUCAAACUGAGGCAGUUGCGUGUGGAGAAGUUUAUCUAUGAAAACCACCCUGAUGUCUUCUCUGACAGCUCAAUGGAUCACUUCCAGAAGUUCAUUCCCACAGUGGGGGGACAGCUGGGGACAGCUGGCCAGGGAUUCUCCUACAGCAAGAGCAGUGUCGGAGGCCAGGCAGGGAGAAGUGGCUCUGCCGGGCAGUAUGGCUCUGACCAGCAACACCAUCGUCAGGGCUCUGGGUCUGGCUCUGGCCCUGGAUCUGGGGGUGCAGGUGGUCCUGGGGGCCAUGCGGGCAGAGGAGGUGCUGCUGGCACAGCAGGGGUUGGCGAGACAGGAACAGACAACCAGGCAGGUGGAGAAGGAAAACAUGUCACUGUGUUUAAGACCUAUAUUUCCCCAUGGGAGAAAGCCAUGGGGGUUGACCCCCAACAGAAAGUGGAACUUGGCAUCGACCUGCUGGCCUAUGGGGCCAAAGCUGAACUCCCUAAGUAUAAGUCCUUCAACAGGACAGCAAUGCCUUAUGGUGGAUAUGAGAAGGCCUCCAAACGCAUGACCUUCCAGAUGCCCAAGUUUGACCUGGGGCCCUUGCUGAGCGAACCCUUAGUUCUCUACAACCAGAACCUCUCCAACAGGCCUUCUUUCAAUCGAACCCCUAUUCCCUGGCUGAGCUCCGGGGAGCCUGUAGACUACAAUGUGGAUAUUAGCAUCCCCUUGGAUGGAGAAACAGAGGAGCUGUGAGGUGUUUCCGCCUCUACUUUGUAUCAAGUUUCCCUUCUCUGGUUCCAUUUUGUAGAGGGAAUGUUGAGCAGGAUACCCGCCCCCCCCCCCCCCCGAAAAUCCAGGAUCCUUGUGGGAAUGGAGGGAAAAAGCAAGGAAAGAUCUUUCUUUUCACCUUUCACUCGAAGUCCCCACUCCAAGCAUCUUUUCAUACCAAUUCAGAGCUCCCCUUCCACUGCUCUGUAUGGAACCUGCUCUUUUAUGGAAUUUGCUCUGCCUUCAGUAACAGUUAAUAAACUUCAAGGAAAUGAA